AUGAAAAAUGCGCAAAAAGACAUAUUAGACUGCAAAAUAUUAAGCCCGUUUUCACUUUUUGUUCAAGAAAUUCUAGGAGCUUUUGUACUUUUUUCACUUUUAAUUAAACGACAUUGGGAAUACCCUCGGCGAUCUUUUAGAAUAUGGUUUUUUGAUGUUUCAAAACAAAUUAUUGGUGCAGCAGUAAUUCAUAUUUUAAACGUUUUUAUCUCUAAUAUUAUUGGAUUUAAUGAAAGAGAACAUGGCUUUUCUAAUCCUUGUGUGUGGUAUCUUUUGAAUAUUAUGAUUGAUACAACAAUAGGAGUUCCUAUUCUUUGGAUAGUUCUUGGAUUUAUUGGAAGGAUUUGUAAAUUUAUGGGAUGUGUUGGAACUAAAUCGGGUGAUUAUGAUGGAGAUCCUCCUCGAAUUACUUGGUGGUUGAAACAAUUAUUCAUAUAUAUUCUUGGUCUUAUCUGUAUGAAAAUUUCAGUCUUUCCGAUCCUUAGGAUACCUAUAUUAGAUAAUACUGCGAAUUGGUUACUAUCUUGGACUAGUAGUGAAGAAAAGUUACAAAUAUUUUUUAUUAUGUUUUUUGUUCCUUUAAUGUUAGCAUUAUCUCUAUUGAAAUAA